AGAAUGCAUCGCUUUCGUGUGUAAAUCUUUACCGGUGCCCAUUGAUGAAGAGAAGGUGAGACUUUUCCAGGGUCCAUUCACAUGCAUAGAGUCUUGAAAGGCAGGUGCGCCCCGCUUACGUCGCGUACGCGUUCCCACGCGGACGCAGCGUGAACCAAGUUCGCGCACCGCCGCUACGUCAUCGCUCACAUCGCAAUCAAGCGCAAGCCCACAAACAUCUACCGCGCGCAGAAUCCCCACUUCACAUGACAGAUGCGCAUACACCUAUUUCAAUACUCUUCCAUCAAAAUAGUGCACCUUAGACCCAUUUGAGGCAUUUCAGCAUGGGCGCAUUACUAUCCUCUAUCCUUGCGCCUAUCGCCCUACCGCUGGGCUCGUUCUUAGCCAUUCCUAUGCUAUCCUCCUGGUCGACAGGCCUAAAUCUCAUCUUCCUCUCGGUCGCAUGGACGACAAUCGCCGCAUCCUAUUCUCCUCUUCAACUUGAGCUAGUUGCGCCACUAGUACUUCGACUAUCUCUCUACAUCAUCCCCAGCCUGAUCUUCUUGCUAUUCGAUAUCGGGUUACCAAGUCUAGCAAUCGAGUUCAAAUCCCAGGGACAAUGGGGUAUUCCAAACAAUCAGAAGGGUGGCGCACGCGCAGUGAGGAGGGUAAUUGCGUGGAGCUGUGCAAAUGUGCUGCUCAGUGUGGCUUUACAAGCGGGUAUUGAGUUCUUGAUCACAGACGUACUGCAGAUGAGGAGUCUGCUACUCAUCAAAGGCAGUCGAUGGGGAUUGAAUCACCUGCCAAACCCAUGGACGAUGGUCAAACAUGGCAUUAUCGGACUCUUGUCUCGUAACGUCCUGCAAUACUAUAUCCACACACAUCUGCUCCAUUCGCCGACCGGUGGGGCACUCUCGGACUUGCAUCAGAGCUGGCACCACAGCAUCAAGAUCCCUUACUCGUUUGCCGCAAACUACGACCACCCCAUCUGCCACCUCCUGCACCGCUUUCUACCUCUAUACCUCCCAGCAAUUGCUCUGCGGAUGCAUAUCCUCACUUACUUGAUCCUGAUCGCUAUCUUCAGUCUAGAAGAGACCUUUGUGUACUCCGGGUACAAUGUCCUACCCUCAACCAUCAUGCUGCGAGGCAUGGCACGACGCGCCGACGCGCACAUGAUGAGUGAAGGAGAGGGUAACUACGGAUGCAUGGGUGUCUUGGACUGGUGCCACGGGACAACACUGGGUAAGGAUGUCGUUGAGGACCUGAAGGCGGAGAUGGAGAAGCACAACGUGGAGGAGAAGGCGGGGAAAGCUAUAGAUGGCGCGGGGGAAGCGGCGAACGGACUGGCGGGGAAGUUUGGCAGGGCUAGGAAAGGAAGGGGAAAGAAGUAAGUAGGUAAAGCGGCAAGCCUAUGGUUAUGUAACGAGGUCUGUGUACGUAUGGCAUUGGUGCAAUCGGUUCGGUGGUGGUAGUGUCCUUGGUUAGCGGUCGCUUCUGAUACCCUCACGUCCUGUUGCUGGGAGUUCGCGGGCAGUCGGCGCAGUA